AGAUUUAGAAUCAGAUCUCUUUCUUUCUCUUUUUCAUGUCUCAACCACCGUGGAGAUGCUUCUCUCUACUCUUCUUUGUUCUCACCAUUGUUACUAAAACUUCUUCUGCAUCUACUUCAUGUUCUUCUUCAUUUCAUUGCCCACCGUUUAACUCCUCACCACCGUACCCAUUCUCAUCUUCUCCGGGAUGUGGCCACCCAAACUUCCAGAUCCAAUGCUCAUCUUCACGCGCCACCAUCACUAUCAAAAACCUCACUUUCUCUAUCCUCCAUUACUCAUCUCUCUCCUCUUCUCUAACCCUCUCUCCCAUCACAAACUCUAACCGGACCAACAACAACUGUUCUUCUCUCCGGUUCUCCUCCUCACCAAACCGGUUCAUCGACUUAACCGGUUCACCUUUCAGAGUCUCUGACUCUUCUUGCUCUCGUCUCUCUCUUCUCCGUCCUUGUUCUCCUUUAACUCUCCCUAACUGUUCUCGUUGUCCUUGGGACUGUAAACUUCUAAAGAAUCCGGGUCGGAUCCUCCACGGUUGCGAAUCAACCCACGGGUCGUUAUCUGAACAAGGCUGUCAAGGAGAUCUUCUUGGGUUUCUGCAAGAUUUCUUCACUAGAUUUGGAUUUGAAGUUGAAUGGGACGAAUCUCAAGAUCCUUACUUUGCUAAAUGCAGAGAUUGUCAAAUCAAGAAUGGUGUUUGCGGGUUUAAUUCGACCCACCCGAAUCAAGAUUUCCUCUGUUUCCACAAAUCAAGAUCCGAAUUAGUAACUCAGAGAGAUUCUAAAAGAGUCAAUCACAUCGCUGUGUUGUCUCUUAUCUUCGCUUUGACAUGUCUCUUGCUUGCUUUCUCCGUCGCCGUAGCGAUUUUCCGAUCACGGAGAGCGAGUUUCUUGUCUUCAGUCAACGAAGAAGACCCGGCUGCUCUCUUCCUCCGCCGCCACCGCUCCGCCGCUCUUCUCCCACCAGUCUUCACCUUCGAAGAGCUCGAAUCCGCCACAAACAAAUUCGACCCCAAGCGCAAAAUCGGCGACGGUGGUUUCGGUUCUGUUUACUUAGGCCAACUCAGCGACGGACAACUCCUCGCCGUUAAAUUCCUCCACCAUCACCACGGCGCAACCGCCGCCGCCACCGAGCAUUGCAAAGCAUUCUCGAUGAAGCUCUUGGUGUUGUCAGAGACGACGGUGAAUUCAGCUUCUUCGUCUGAUUAUGUUUGUACCGGACCACAAGGUACGCCCGGUUAUUUAGACCCGGAUUAUCACCGGUCUUUUCGGUUAACGGAGAAGAGUGACGUGUAUAGCUACGGUGUCGUUUUGAUGGAGUUGAUUACGGGUAUGAAAGCUGUUGAUCAACGUCGUGAGAAGAGGGACAUGGCUUUAGCGGAUCUUGUUGUAUCCAAGAUCCAGAUGGGUCUUUUGGAUCAAGUUAUUGACCCGUUGCUUGCGUUAGACGGCGAUGAUGUGGCGGCGGUGACUGACGGAUUCGGUGUUGCGGCGGUUGCUGAGUUGGCGUUCCGGUGUGUUGCGACGGAUAAGGAUGAUCGUCCGGACGCUAAAGAGAUUGUUCAGGAGUUGAGGAGGAUUAGGAGCCAUACACGUGUGAGGGAUGAUGACGUGGCGAAAGAUUGACUGUUGGAUUAGAUUACGGAUGACGUAAUGUGAAUGUGAUGUAAGUAAAGUGUUGUUGACUGG